CUGCUUACAUCUUGAUGAUGGUUCAUUUGGCGCGUUUUUUUAAGUGAAGCUUUCUGUUCCGUCAGUUUCCGGCACACGCACCACGUUCCGUUUCGAACCAUGACGAGUUUCUACAGUGACCGCGACCGUAAGGUCGGCCGGGGAUACAAUACGCUGAUGCUGAAGCUCCUCGCCCAGUUUGGUGACGAUUUCGGUUUCAACCUGGACGUUGAGCUGUACCGCGACUAUGCCCUCACGCAGACGGCAAUCCUCGACGUGCCGGAGCAGAGCAAGUGCAACCGGAAGGCCGCCCAGAUGCGCCAGGACGGCAAUCGGCUGUACGUGGCAAAGAAGUUUGACGACGCGCUGCUCAAGUACAACGAGAGCAUCUGCUUCGCCGAGGCCGGUUCCGAUCAGCUGGCGAUGGGAUAUGCGAAUCGGUCCGCCGUUUUCUUUGAGCAGGGUGAGUUCGAGUUUGCGCUGGCCAACAUUGCUCUCGCCAAAAGGCACAAAUAUCCGGAGCACCUCAUGCCGAAGCUGGUGGCCAGGGAGCACAAUUGUUGGGAGAAAGUCGAAGCAAAGGAGAAGUUGCACUUUUCCCGGAUGGCCAUUAAUGUCAACGUAAACCCCAAGAUUCCGUUUGUGGCCGAUGGUAUCGCUAUGAAGGUUUACAACGAUGAGCAUGGGCGCGGUCUGAUCGCCGAGAAGGAUUUCCAAGCCGGGGCCGUAAUCAUGAACGAGAAAGCGGUUCUGACGCUUACUACCCUGGAUGCGCAAUACUCCAACUGUGGCCACUGUUCCGUGAAGCUCACCUACAAUAUGAUUCCCUGUCCGGGUUGCGUGUCGAUGUUGUACUGCAGCGAGGAAUGUUUGCAGGAGAACGAACGGUUCACACAUCGCUUCGAAUGCGCAAUCGCGGACAAGCUCCGGAACGUAAUGGACUAUUCGACCAUGAUCGGCCCGAAACAAUUUUUCUACGGAUUGACCCUGUUCGGGGACGACGUGCAAGCCAUGAUGGAUUAUUGCAACGGAGAGGCAGGAAAAGGCGUAGGAAAUCCGUUCGAGUUGGAUUUCCGCAAGAAGGAUCUGCUUGAGCAGUUCAAAGUGAUGCAGAAGGGCGGAGUUCACCACAUCACCGAGGUAGACUACACUUAUCGGGUGAGUGCCGCUGCAUUUUACGCACAGUUUAUGAAGCACCCACUGGUCUCGCAGAUCGUCAAGACCAAAGCCCAGCGUGACUUUAUGCUGCACACUUUUUUGAAGUACAUCCGAAGUUGUUACACUCUCAUCAUGGACAAGCGAGUCGGUCACAUGCAUGGACCUACCGUCAGCAUGCUUACCUUCGUGGGUGCGCUCUGUAACCAUUCGUGCGACCCGAACGUUUUCUUUUCGACCCGCAAUGGCCGGUACACGCUGAUUGUGCUCCGACCGAUCCGCAAAGGCGAACAAAUUGUGACGUCUUACGGUCCAACCUGGUGGGAACCGUGCCCCGGGUACAAAUGCACCUACACCUGUCGCUGUCCGGUUUGUAAGAAAACCAACUGGGCCCUGAAGAAGAAGGAAUUCCCGCAAGCGGCCUACAGACACCUGAUGUUGAUAACUGCCGCGACGCAUUCCACAACGGGGGUCAUCAACAAUGCGGACCAGCUCAACAUGGCCCAGCAGUUUGUGAAUCGUUACGCCGAAAACUAUCAUCCGGGUGAGGUCUUUGGCGCUGCGAUCAGAAUUUAUCGACAGUUUCUGAACGCAGGAUUGGACUUGGCAGAGAAGAAGCUCGAACAGAUGAGGGCGGUGGCCUUCUGGGAGGCAUUUGACGAUUAGAGAUUCAUGAGUUUUUGGGUAUUUUAUUGUUUCGUUAUGUUCCAU